AGGCGGUGUGGUGGAAGGUACCGCCAUCCCCUCAGCGCUGCGCGGGGGACGCGGCGGCCCCGCAGCGCGCCUGGGGCGGCUGCCGGCGGGAGCACCCGCCGGGCGGGGCCGCUGGGGUGGGAGGGAGGUUCCUCCAGCCUCCUUGCGUUAUAUUUCCAGUGAUUCCUCCAAGAAAUAGAGAAAGACAAGCCUGUGCAUAGGCAACCUUUCUAAGAAGAAGCAGAAAAAAUAUAUUUUGUCUUUAGUGGGAAAAGAAGCAGCAUUUAAACUGGUUUUGUGCAUCUUGAAGAGAUAAGUAAGCUAUAAAAAAUAAAAAUGAGCGAACCAGAUCGUGCAACAUUCUUUACAAUUCACAGGACUGGUGAUGUAGAAAAUCUGGUGAUUCCUAUGAGAAAUGGUCUUUGCAGCCAGAAAUAUAAACCUAUUGACUACAAACAUCUCUAUGAACUUGCUGCAGUAGAAAAAAUGGCAUCUGCAAAAAUUCAGUUAAAGAUUAAAAAAACAGAGCAAAUUUCAAAAAUUAACAAAGAGCAAACGCUGCUGAAACAGCAUCAGCGAGUAUGGUGGCAAGAGCAUAAAAGACUGAGUGAGAACAGGCAAAAAGCAGAAGCAGAUAUAAAGACUUUUCUUGAUGAAGAAAGCCAUAAGCACAACUUUUUUUUGGAUAUGAGGGACUUGGAGCAUAAAUUAUCAAAGGAGUGGGAUACAUACCAAAAAAAUACUGUAGUUCCUAUCUGGCAACUAAAAGAGAAUUUGAAAUCCAGGCUGUCUGAAAUGCAGUGUUACCUCUCAGAAGAAUCUUGUCUGAAAUCUAAGUUCAAUCCAGUUGAGAUGUUACAGCAGAUCGAACUUGUGAAGAAGCAACAGAAGGCAAUUUUGGAAUUCCUUAUCCUUGAAAGUCUGGCUUUGGAAAGAGAGCUUGAAGACUAUAACACAAAAGCCGUAGCGCAUUCUUUUGAAGAGAAAAAUGGACUUUUCCUUGAAGUUCCUUCAGCACUACUGUCUCUGGAAUGCCCCUAUCCUGAAUUGAAGACCUUACUUAUCAAUGAAUACCAAAAGCUUGCAAGUGGGUACCAGUCCAAGCUUCAAGAGAUUGAUCACCAGUUAAAAGUUUUAUAUAGGAACAUUGACUGGAAUGAAGAAGAUCAGUGGGUUUUUCAGACUGUUCUCAAUCAGUAUCCAAGCAAUCUUGGGAGGAGGAGGACUUUGUACCUCGAUGUGCUGCAGAGAUACCUUCCUCACAAAUCUCGGCACGACCUGGUUGUUCACGAGAAAGCUUGGGAUCGCUACCAUUUCAUUAGGAAUCAGCGCAGAGUCUUGAUAUUAAACUGGGUUCAAGCUAGGAAAGCCUUUUUACUUAAGGCAGCGACGACUGUUGCGGAAGCCUCCGCUGCUCACGAGGCAGAAGUAGUGUUGGCUAAUACCAGACAAAAACAACAGGAGAUUUGUGCUGAUCUGAAAGCGAAGGUUCUCCAGUGGAAAGCACAGCAGGAAGAGGCUGCUCAACUACAAGCUGCUGUAGCUGCCAGAAGAAAAGAAAAGAAAGAUGAGGAAGAAAGGCUGCAGAAAGAACGGGAAAUGAUUCGUAGAGCUCAGGACAAAGAGAAAUUGAAGAAGUACUGGGCUGAGAAACAGCUGAAGUGGCAAGAACAAGAAGAGAAAGAUCUACAACGUCUGGAGGAAUUAAGAAAAUUAAUGGCUGAACAAGCAGUUAAAGACAGAGAACGGGUAAAGUUUAGACAAGCAUUGCUAGAAAAACGGUUGCUGGAGAAAAAGGAACUGGCCCUACAAGAAGCACAUGAAGAAGAGGAAAAGGAGAAAUGCCUUGAAGCGCUCCGACAACAGGUUGCCGUUGUUGCAAAACUAGACCCAGCUAGAGUAGUGGCUGAUACGGCGGCAUCUAGAGCUCGGGUGGGCAUUGGCACCAACGAAGAGUUGGAUCUUCAGAAGCCACUGUUUAAGUUGCAUACAUACAGCGAGCAGCAGAUCAUUUCUGACCCUAGACUUCGUGUUGAGCUAGCUCUUCGAGAAGCUGGACUUCACAAAACGCUUUAUGCAAAAGAGAUUUUACCAAAAAUUCCUCCACUGAAGGUUCCAAGAAGAGAUAUGGAAUCUACGGCUUUUAAAAUGUAGCGUGCCUCUCGUAUCAGGAGGAGAGAAGCUUCGGGGGGAUUGUCUGUAGUGCGGAAACUUUGAAUAAACUUCCCUUAGGCUGUGCCAUAGAACUACUUAGUUCUCAGCGUGUGCGAUCAUUCCAACAACGGUCGCGCCGUCCUCCUGCAGCGUGACGCCGUUUUACGCCUGCCUUGGCGAGGGUUCGAGAGGUUCGGUGGGUGUAGGCUGCUGUAGUGUCAUUCCCCGUGUCCCUUUCACUGGGAGAGAGGACGCCUGUGCCGGGCCGUCUCCUACAGGCACUACAGCCCCGUCUGAUGCGUGGCAUCUGCGUGGGAGCUCUGUUUUUCAAUGGGCAGCAUAAAUCCAAAAUCGCU